AGCGUGACCUGAGUCCCAAUGACAGACAUUUGGGCUUUACUAUGGUGAAAAUUAGAUUCACGUUGCGGUCUCUUAUUUAAAAGACGUUGAAAUCAACAAGGUGAGGUCUUACUGGCGCCAUUAUAUGUCAGCUUGUGUCUAUUGCUGUGUUGCCAUUUAUCUGUUUUUAGCCCUAACAUUACACCACGGCUAACAAACACAGUGACGUUAGCUUCCUUGUCACUGGAUGUACUAUGCAGGGUGAGGACUUUCUGCGAAGAUGCCAGCCGGUGUGUCUUGGCCUCGUUACCUGAGAAUGUUGGGUGCCAGUAUGCUGGCCAUGUUUGCAGGAGCACAGGUCGUCCACCAGUACUACCUACCGGAUCUGAGUAUACCAGAGGUCCCGCCAAAGCCUGGGGACCUAAAGACAGAAUUGCUGGGCUACAAAGUCAGAGAAGAAGCCACGGCUGCGUUACAGCAGCUUAAAGCAGAACAAAAGGUGGACUGAUCCUGGACUUAUACGUCCUCCGUCGGAUGGACACACUGAAUCAAGCACUAUAUCCAAUUUUUUGCCUACAGCUAGAGGCUGCGACGUGCCCGGGAGUAAAGUCAUUUCUUGGACAUUUCCAAAUGGAUAUUUUCUGUGUUUGUUUUAACAAACAUGAAUGGAAUGAAAUACUACACACUCGGGAUAAGGAUCCUAUCGGAAUCAAGACAAUUUGGUUUAUUCAACCGAAUUUAAUUAUGAAUGUGUUUGCAUUUUCAGAUCAAGUGAUGAAGUAAGGGAGGGCUUCUUGAACACAUGAACUACAAAAGUCAUGAGAUAAUUCUAUUCAAACGUAUAUCUUUUGAUUGUUUUUUCCCUCUAGGAUACACUUGAAAUAAAGAUAUCACAACAAACUGUUAUUACUUUGUAGUAAAAGUUAGUGCUCUAUAUUGAAAUGAUGACAAACUUUAAUCGGCAAUAAUUUAGAUAAUUUAUCUGCAGCUUCUUAGAUGUGAAGAUGCACUGCUUUUCUCUAUAUCAUUUUGUUGUAAAUUUCAUAUUUUGGGGUCUUGGACUGCUGGUCAGGCACAAGAAGCAACCUCAAAACAUCACAGAGGAACGUCAGUAAUGAAAAAUACAUAAUUAAAAUGAAAACUAUCACGUUGUGUGUAAUUUUACUUUAUUAUAGUCUGCCUGGAUGUGUCAUAGCAUUGAGGGACCUCACAAGUA